AUGGCCAUCCCGCCCGUGCAACACAGGAGGCGUGUCUCUUUCUCCCUUUGGGGAUUGCUUGUCUCCGUUGUUACUGCUACGACACUUCUGCUCUGGUGGUUUAGAGAACUUGUCCCAUGGCACGGCGUCAACAUCGCAAACUGCUAUGAAGCUGGGAGUGCAACAUCCAUCGCUCCAGUGGCGCAGAUCGUUCGAAGAUACAACAUAACUGUUGGAACGAAAUGGCAGAAUCUUGAUGGAGGCCGCUGGCGUCCUGGGUUUGUGUGCAAUGGCGAAUCUCCAUGUCCAACUCUCACCGCGAGAGAGGGCGACCAGAUUGAGCUCCAUACUACCAAUGAUCUGGCCGCGCAGUUAUCAAUCCACUGGUCUGGCAUGACCCACCGGAAGUUCGGCUUUGAGAACGAUGGCACAGGUGGCUUGAACCAGUGGGCAACGCUCCCUCGCGGCAACUGGACUUCGCGUUUCGACACAACUGGACACUGGGGCUUGAAUUGGUAUGCUGAUCACACUGGCGCUGGAGUUGUCGAUGGUGUUUAUGGCACCAUUUGGACCGCCCCGUCGCUCUCUCGUCCGCGCCCGUAUUCUUGGAUAACGGACUCUGCCGUUGAUCUGCACUUGAUCCAGGAAGCAGAAGAUGAGAUUCAACAUAUAGCCCUAUGGACCUCUGAUUUCCGCACGGUGGAUUGGAAGAUUCAGAAAAUGAAGGCCAAAGGAACAGGGUUGUCUUGUUACAAGUCUAUCCUGGUGAACGGAAAGGGCCGCGUAUUCUGUAAAAAUCCCAGCUACAGCACCAUCGACGGAGCCGAACUCGACGAUGCUGGAUGCGUCGUGACGUCCGGUAUCGAACCCGAUGCCUGUAAGCCAUCUGUGGCUGAUUUUACGGUUAUUGAGACACAUGGCAAGGAGUACAUUAUGCUCAACAUAAUCAAUGUUAGCUUCGAACAUGCGAUGAGGUGGAGUAUUGACAACCAUCGAUUCUGGGUCGUCGCAAAUGACGCCGGUUUCAUAGAGCCACAACUGGUCGACACUGUUUACAUCACCAAUGGGGCCCGGGUGACUGUGUUAAUCAAAUUGGACCAAAAUCCGGACGAUUACGCCAUUCGUCUUGCAUCCGCUAGCAAGCUGCAGAAUCUGGAAGGCUAUGCUCUCCUGCGUUACCCGGCCAAACGAUACCCAAUCUACGGCGAGCCCAUGGCACUUCCUUCCACAAGUGACAACACCAAGAUCUGUCUUAAUCAAGACGGGUCAGUCCCUUCAGCUUGUGACUUAUUCGAUGAGUACUCUGCCCGUCAAUUCCCAGCUGAGACUCCACCCAAGAAAAGCAACAAGACAUUGCUCUGGACAGCAGGGAGCCAGCCGUCCAAGUACGAACAACAUGUCACCGAGUAUUUUGUGAACGAAAAGCCUUGGCAACUCUUUCGCGCGGCCAUGGAGCCUGUGUAUUUCACAAAAAAUGCGGUAAAUACGACCAAGCCGAUUCAGGCCGGUCUCCCGAUUGGCACCGUCGUGGACUUGAUUGUUCAAAAUACACUCAAUGAGACGAUUCCAGUCUACAAACACGGAAACCCAACGUUUCAUUUGGGAUCCCGGGCUUUUGAAAAGUUCGAAUGGGAGUCCAUCCACGAAGCGUUGGAGCAUAAUGCCAACGUCAACAUUGAGACUCCGUCUUUGGCUGUUGUGCAUGACCUGCCACCGCUCGGGUGGCUGGCCAUCCGCUGGAAAGUCACAGUCACGGGUGCUACCAUGUUCCACGCGGUCAAAUUGCGGUACUUUGCGCUUGGUAUGGCUGCUCCCAUGCUUGAAGGGAUUGAUGAGUCGGUCCGGGGUUUUGUAUCCGAAUAUGCCAAACAUCAACCUCACGUCGCAUUCGUACCGGGUAAUGAUGGUGUGUUUGGAUGA